CUUUCGUAUUGCCGCUGCUGCCACCGCCACCGACGCCGGUGUUUCUCGCGUUCGAUGCGGUGCUCGCGUGUUUUAUCGUGUCGCAGCGUGCCGCCUCCGGCUGCCAGUUACUCGCCGGCGUUAUAACCAGGUUCGAUAUCUAGAUUAUUUAGCGUCGCGCAUAAAUUCAGUGUAUGUUUAGAAAUAAUUGUCCCGCAUAAAAAAACUUUUAAGCCCAGAUCCAGAAAGUUAUUGCGCUAAUUUUUAAAUUAGAAAAGUUUUGCGAAAACGAAACAUUGCAAGCGUCUGUUGGUGUGGCAAGAAAACUUCCAGAACGAUUGAAGAUUUACUCCGACACAGGCAAAAUGCUGUGGAACACUGCGUUGACGUUCGCCUGUUUAAUGGAAAUCACAUUGACGGACAGCGCACGAUUAUUUAAAGGACGUGAAAUUCGUUCGAGGCGAUUUAUUUUCCAUCAAGAUAAAUGUCUAUUACCUUGCACAUGUCCAACAAAAGACAUCUGCGAAGAAUGCGAAGUGUGUCCUCGACAGGCAAACGAGCCUUGCAGCGAUGAUCGUCCUUGCGACCUCACCAAAGGACUCACCUGCACCUAUCUACACGACGGUGACACGGAAGGAAUAUGCCGGACUCGUACCACAGACGAAUAUCCCUGCAUUGUCGACCAUCAAACAUAUCAACAUGGCGAGACGUUCUCGCCGGAUUGUCGGACUCAAUGCGCCUGUCAGAACGGAACCUACGGUUGUUCGUCUUUGUGUCCGCAAGAGCACAUAUCGCCGACGUGCAUGCAUCCACGACUGGUCGAUGUCCCAGGUCAAUGCUGCCGUGAGUGGAUGUGCGAUUCACAAGCAGUUGAGCAACCGCCAUCCUGUCAGCCGUCAUUUACAAAGUGGACUGAAUGUUCAGCCGACUGUGGUACUGGUCUUUCAAAACGUCGCUCUAAUCUGAACGGAAGAUGCGAGAAAACAAUUGAAACACGUUUAUGUCAAACGAGGAAUUGUGAAAGUAUGCAAGCACUGGAAACUGAUCGACGACAUCAUUUAAGGAAAGGUCACGAAUGUAAAGCAACGCACCGUCUGAGCAACGGCGUACACUUCCGGUUCGGGCCAUGCGUCAGCCGGAAACGCUUCCGACCCAAGUAUUGCGGCAAGUGCUCUAUUUCGGGGAUCCUCUGCAGACCGCUGUUGAGUACGACCGUGCGCGUUGACUUCGUCUGCGACGUGCCGUCGGACGCGGAAGUCGGCGCAUCAACGAGCGAUCUGCUGCCGGAGUUCAUGGAACUGGGUGAAGACAUGUGGACGGACGACGCGCCCACACAGUACAAUGGCGGCACCGAGAUUUCCGCAUCAGUGCAGUGGGUGCUCAAAUGCAGUUGCGAUAAUUUCGACGGCGAAUUGCCGAAAAAUGGCAACGACCACAAAGCGGACAAAAAGCAGAUGAUUAACGAGGCGCACGAGAAGAAAUCUCAUCGCGUUGUAUUGCAUCGAGUGCAUCGGACAGCCGGAGAUAUUCCUUGAAUUAUUACGCAAAAAAAGAAACAACACAAAAGAGUCAUAUCAUGAUUUGUUAAGCGAAGCGUUUUCAAACGAGAAAGAACAUUGUUUCAUCGUGCCUUUUCGGAAUGAGCUUGACACUAAAAAUCUGAGUGGAAAAACACACACAAUCAAUAUCUGUUCAAUAUAAUUUCAUUUUCUUUGUUUUGGUUUGUAAAUUUAAUAAGUGGACCAAUAUUAAUCAAGUUGAUUACGAAAACAGGAAAAAAACUAUUCGGAUCUCACGAAUAUAUUGGUUCGAAUGUGAUUAGCACGUAAUGAGAUCUUAAUAAUUCAGUCACUAAUUUAUUAUGUCUAAACGUAAGCAUUUUAGUAUCAGGUUGCUCCUGUUUGUUUAGCUGUGCGAAGCUCGUUAGAUUGCAUGAAGGGAAGAGAAAAUUAGAGAACAUUGCAGGCAGGCGAGCGUGACGAGACACAAGAAACUUAAUUUGUUUGGCAUUGCAUUGCGUCGCUGUUCUUGCGUUUCUCUUAAUUUGUGCUUGUUUUGUCUUCGACUGUUCAGAUUUCGAAUUAUUUAAUUACAGCUUUCAAACUAACAAGGUAAAAGUUACUUUACGGAAAUCAACAUAACCUUAAAAUCUAAAAAUCUCAAAAAAUCUAAAAUUUUAUUUAAAAAUCACUUAAAACACUAAAACUUGCUACUUUAUCGAUAAAUAUUAAACACUAAUUAAAAACAACGCGAUAAAUCCACACAUAAUUAAAAUAAUCAUACAAAAACUAUUUAUUUACGGUAUAUAAUCUAAUAAUUCCGAAAUUUCUUAAAAUUACAUUCAAAUAGAUGAGUUAUACUUAAAUAUUUACAUGAAACUAAAUCAGCGCUAAGCUAACUCUGUUUAUCCAAUAAAUUUCAUGUAAAUACAAGAUUAUAACAAAGUUGCAGUUAGUAUUAACGCAUUAAACACAAGUGUAUAAUAAAAUCAUAGCAAAUAAUAUCAGGAGCGUCAAAUACACAUAGAGAAUUAUUAUUAUAAAUUAUAAAUAAUAAUAAUUACUAAAAUAUAGCUGUAGACAAUAUAAAAACUAGUUUGGUAGAAAAUGUAGGUUGUUAUCAAAUUUGAUGCUCUUGGUACGUUUGUACGUGAUAUAUUUUGUUAUCAUUCGUCUACAUAUCUUCGUGUACAGAUGAAUGUGUGAUACAAACAAAAAUUUGAAUAAUAUAAGAUUGUACAUAUACAUAAUUAAAUAUAUCGUACUGCAACGUCAUUAUGCAACCUUAGCAAAUAGAUAAAUACUUGUAAAAGACGAUAAAAUAAAUUACAUAUAUAAAUUAAUAA